UGUACUAAGCGCCCGGUCCCACCUUCCCCGAGCCCCCCCGCUUUGGGGACUCGGCCCCUUCCGACCCUUUCGCCGCCGCCGUUGGGGCUUCGCCAGCUGGAACUGGCCGUGCUGGACGAUAGGAUGGGUGAGUCCAGGGCCCACGCCAACAGCCUCUUCCUGAACGAGGCUGCGGCCAAGCGGCUGAGUGGGGAGACCCGGCUACAGCAACUCCACCUGGCCAUGCAGCAUCGGGCGGCCCGGGCCCGGCUCCAGGUGCAGACGCUGACCCGGGAACGGGUCCUCAGCUUCCUGCGUCGAAAUGCGUUCUUGUUGCUCACCAUCAGCUCCGUCAUCAUAGGGAUCAGCCUGGCCUUUGCCCUGCGGCCCUACAAGAUGAGCUACCGCCAGAUCAAGUAUUUCUCCUUCCCCGGGGAGCUGCUGAUGCGGAUGCUGCAGAUGCUGGUCCUGCCCCUGAUCGUCUCUAGCCUGGUUACCGGCAUGGCCUCCUUGGACAGCGCGUCUUCGGGCCGGAUGGGGGUGCGGGCGGUGGUGUACUACAUGGUGACCACGGUCCUGGCAGUCUUCACUGGCAUCCUCAUGGUGACCAUCAUCCACCCGGGCAAAGGCUCCAAGACCACACUGCACCGCGAGGGCCAGGUGGAGCAGGUGUCCGCCGCCGAUGCCUUCAUGGAUCUCAUUAGGAACAUGUUCCCGCCCAAUCUGGUGGAAGCAUGCUUCAAACAGUUCAAGACCCACUACAGUACCAGGGCGGUGACCCGGGUGGCCCCACGGUCAGGAAAUAUGACGGAGUCAGGGCCCAGCCUGUCUCCUCCUCCGGAGAAUGUCACGGGGAUCUUGUACAAUGUGAGCCAGGCUCUGGGCAGCCUGCAGAAGGUGCUGAAGUAUGAGGAGGUCGUGCCCGUGCCUGGCUCAGUCAGCGGGGUCAACGCCCUGGGGCUGGUGGUCUUCUCUGUCUGCUUUGGCCUGGUUGUGGGCAGGAUGAAGCAGAAGGGUCGGAUUCUGCAGGAAUUCUUCGACAGUCUCAACGAGGCCAUCAUGCAUCUUGUGGGCAUCAUCAUCUGGUGA